UCACAUCGCAUCCUCCUUGCCUCGAUUCAUUUCAAAUUCACCUGCAGAGAGCUUGUCCAUCCAGUUCGGUUAACAGCGAACAUAAAACGCCUCUCUGUGAAAUUCCUCUUUCCAUAGAUUGGAGUAAUCUGUGCGUCGCUGCUCUUGCACCGCGCAAGAAGUCUCAUGCCCAGCAUGCACAAGCCCAGCAAGUCUCGUGUGCAUGUGCACGAGUUGUGACACUGCAAUGUGAAGUUCACAAAUUACUCUGAAUUGGGAUUGGUGUUUCUUGUAUGCUAUAUUACAUUUGGAGGAGAGAAUGGAAGUUGCAGGUGCGUCCAUCGUCACUAUCGCUGCUGAACUUGACACACGCAGACGAGGAAUGGACUCCGCAGACGAGGAACCGGAGCUUCCCCGCGAGGUCGACGCUGAAGUUGCGACACGGGGAAUGGACUCAGACGAGGAUCCAAAGCUUCUCCGCAAGGUCGAGGACCUUAUACAGCGUCUGGAAGGAAAAGGCGAAACUAUAACGAGACUCCGAGAUUUAGGUCUGUAUAGGUUUGGGAGUUUCUCUCCGGGGGAUGCAUCUCUCUCGGCGAAAAUAGGGUGGCGAAGCCAAUUGCGCCUUCGACUGCUGGAGGCAAUCGGCAACUGCAACACCCUUGAUCAUUUGGAUGUAGGAGUUAUAUGUGGCGGAGAGGCAUGGAGUUUGACGGAUAGCGAAUGGGAUGUAGUCAUGAGAGGAUUCAGAUCUAGCACCAUUCUACGAGAGAUACGCUUUGGAGGUUUGAGUUGGAGUUCAGAUACGGAAGUGGAGAGCUUGUGUUUACAGCUGGGGAGAAUUCUGAGUACCUCUACCGUAAAGCGUUUGGAAAUAGACGAUUGCCCUUUGACUGCGAGAUGUUUCCUGAAUCUUUCCUCAGGACUGCGAGGAAACUCUGAUUCUAAUCUAAAGUAUUUAGGACUCAAAAACGCGUGGGGGGACUUGAGUGCAGUGAAGCGUGUGGCUGACAUGAUCAACAGUGCUCCUCUUUUAGAAACGUUGAGUUUACGCCACUCAAGGUACGACAUGGAUGAAGAGACCGUUAGAAUCGUGUCCCAGGCUUUGAUCCACAGUUCGUCUUUGAAGAAAAUCACAUUAGAUGAUGGGACUUGGGGAGCGGCCUUGUUGCUGAAGGCUUUGGCCGGAGAUGAUCGCAACCGUUCCAUUGAACGUCUUCUUCUUGGAAUGGAUACACUCGGUAUGGAAAGACUCGGAGACUGUAUAAGGGAACUCCUUACUUCCAACCCAUCAUUGAAGGAAGUGAGGAUGUCUGAGUUGCGAAUUUCCAACCCAUUGAAGAAAAUGAGGUUGUCUGACUUGCGAAUGCGCCCUGAGAAAUGGCACCAGCUCGACGAGGUCAUACGUGACAGUGCUAUAAAAAAAGUUUCUUUAUCUUUUAGAGCUUCUAUUGACUGGAAGUCAAUAGAAGCUCUUGCGCAGGCUGCUAGCUCCGAUGUCAAGGAUCCCAAAAUGGAGCUUCAACUCGUAGUUUCGGAUGACCAUGAUGAAUGGAUGUUAUCAUUGAAUCUAUUAGGUAGGGUUCUGCGCGGUGAAAUCAAAUCUCUAAAAUCUUUGAGUAUACUGGCGAGUGAUCCUCGCACUUCAGGUACCAACCAAGAUAGAAUGGGAAGAAUCCUGUCGAUGAAUCGGAAACCCGGAGAAACUUCAGUCCUGAAAAGACUGAGAUUAUCUGUUAAUAACAAAGAUGAUUUGAAGGGAGUAUGGAAAGACUUGCUUCGGUGCUUGCGAGAGGACACAAGUCUCACUCACUUGGAUUUGUCUCGCUCGGUGUUACAAAGCGAACUCGUUUUUGACGAAGAGGCGUUCAGGGAUCUCAUGGGGCUACUGCAAGUCAACUUGACUCUGGAGGAAAUCGAUAUCUCAGGAACCUUGUGGCAAACAGACGGAAAGGCGGCGAAAAUUCAAGAGGCCCUAAAGCAGAACCGGAAGCGGGCCGUCUACAUGUCCGUGUUCCGAGAAGCCAAAUUAACAUUUGGAGCUGCAAAAGCUGGUCGACUCUUCUUAUGCGGCUCUCCUAGAGCAGGCAAAACUCAGUUGCGUCGAACGCUAAUGAGUGUAAUCCAAGGCAACAGUCGGCUUGCGAGCAAAUGGAACAAACUCAGAACCAAAGGCAUUGAAGUGGAGUUUUUGCAAAAUAAUGAAGAAAUGCAAAUUUCAGUUUGGGAUCUUGCAGGACAAUGGAUUUUUCGUACUCUUCAAAAUGUUUUGUUUCCUCAAACCAACAAUUUCUGUGUUUUUCUUUUUGUAUAUAGCCUCUUUUGUACAAAAACAUCUUCGAACAAACCAGACUCUUGUUUUAGAUCUGAAUUGGAGGAGUGGUUGAAUUUCAUUACAUCCAGCACCAAGGUCAUAGGACAUAAUCUUCCUCAAGUUAUUGUUGUGAUUUCACACAAAGAUAAAGCAAGAACCCGCUCUUUGACUUGGGCUCGCUCCAUAGUUGAAGAACUGACCAAAAGAUUCGCAAAUUUUGUGGAUCUCUGCCAAGAGUUUUUUCAUGUAGAUGCUCGAAAUAACAAGCAAGUUAUCCCUCUCAAAAGUCAUAUUUUUAAAAAUUUUGAGGAGUUGUUGAGUGAAAGAUCCCCAAAGGUUCCCCAUUUGUGUUUUCAACUCACCUCCCUCUUGGUUAAAAACACCAAAAAAAACAGAAGUUGCCCUCUGUGGCCAUCCAAAAAGUUUCAUGAAUUCUGUGCUCUUAGUUUGAAUCAAUUCAUUCCUUCAUCUUCUGCACACUCUGUUGAUCAUUCAAGGAUAAUGAGCUCGGUCAUAUCUUACUUGAAUGACGUUGGAUCCAUCAUACACAUCCCCAACCUUGAUUUCAUCAUUGUGGAUCCUAAUUGGCUAACCAAUACUUUCUUGGGUGAGUUGAUAGCUCUGGGUCAACACUUUCAAGCUGAUGACUCCAAGUCUUUUGAGAACACGAUGUCAAGUGAGUCAUUGUAAUAACCCACUAAAGGCUAAAACUGCAAUAUAGUGGUAGAAAGGUCGAACCCACAGGGACAGAGGAACACACAGGGUACAAAGUGUCACGUUUUAACAGAUUAUUGAGGAGUUUGAAUUCUCAGAUGUUCAUGAGACGCAAGAGUUCAGAGUUGCAUGUUCAGAGUUGCAUGUUUCUGAGAAGAAUGUGAUCUGCUCUCGACAUUAUCUGCAACUUUUCCUUGAUGGGUACGAAAUCUACGUCGAGCAAGGAGCGUCCCACAAUUACUUGGACGUUUUGAUGUUACGCUCGAAGCGGAAAUCAAGGUCGGAGGCUCUGCAAUACGUGAUUGAGCAUAUCGUCGAGGAGUUGAAAUCAUUUUGCGCAUCACCAAAAGGUUGUCCCGGGGUGACGUUAGUGCUCGGUGUGAUUCAAACACAUUGUGUAAAGAUGCUGAUUCCGAGUCAUAUCAGAGAAGCUAUUCUGAUUGAGGAGCUCAAAUCAAACUUCAUUCGUAGCAUCGAGGACAAACUUAAGAAUAUUUCGCGGGAGAAGUUGCAGUUGGUGAAAGAGGAAGAGUUGUUCAACUAUGAGCACUCUUGGCCCUCAAUUAAAGGGUACACAUCGGUAAAAUCCGAAAGAGCUAGGGAUUUGCUGCCGGAGAGCGAUGUGGAAGCGGUUGUGAAUGAGAUCCGACAGAAGUGCGUCCAACAAUUGGAAUCAUUUCGGCAAGCCUUCAUAAGUGGGAGCAAUGAUUUGGAUCAACCUUACACUAAAAGUGAGAACAGUAUUGGCAACUCGAGUUAUUCAGAUCGACAUGAUAGGUCCAACUUCGUUGAAGUGGAUGAGAGGUUGAGAUCAGUGGAGAGUGUGGUAGAGAGAGUGGAGAUGAAGCUGGGACAGAUACUAACUUUCCAUCAAGAAUUCCAGACAAGGUUGAUGGACUUCAUGUUUAAAGUAGACAGGCAGAUUGAGUAUACUCAAUCGCUUCAGCAGGCGAGAACUCCUAAGAGACCUUAUGUGACGGACGAUGUUGGCGUUUUCUAUAGGAUAAGUGCGCUUCUGCAUGCUGGGACAACCGUUCGAUUACACUUGAUGUGUAAGUCGGUGACUGGGUUUCACAAAGUCCAAGAUCAAGAAGGUUUGAAAAUACGCUUGGAUCGGGAGAAUUGCACGUGGAUUCGAAAAACUAUUGAAAUUUCAUACAAAAUCAUCUAUUAUGCUGUGAAGGCUGGACUAGAUAAAACUCUCAAUUUGGGCCAAACGGUUCCGGACUGGGAGGAUUUAAAAUCUGAUAUAGUUAAACUAGAUGACAUCAGCUCUCGUGAUCGUAGGGCAGUUCUAAAAGGUGGGAAAAGCAUGGAGCUCAAAGAAGCAUGGCUGAGGAUUCAGCAAACUCUUGCGUCUCAGCUUCGAGAUAGCUAUUCGGUAAUCUUCAAGUUGUAUCAGGUGAAAUACGUGAGUCUAGAAUUAGAUGGUCAUGCAUGGGUGUGCGAAGAGUGCAUGCAUGAAGGUCUUAGUAGUGGAAUUUUGACAGAUUAGGAUUUGAAGGAGGUAAGAAUGCCAUUAUGCAAUUGACAAGGAUAUGUUUAGACCCUCAUGCAAUAUGAACCUCUGCAAAAUCUGUCUUAGAGUUUUGAAUCGUAAAAGUCUUUCGUAAUGUUUGCAAUC